AUGGUGAUGGCAGCGAAGAAGGGCCCAGGGCCGGGUGGCGGGGUCGGCGGGGGAAAGGCGGAGGCCGAGGCGGCUUCGGAGGUGUGGUGUCGCCGGGUGCGGGAGCUGGGUGGCUGCAGCCAGGCCGGGAACCGCCACUGCUUCGAGUGUGCCCAGCGUGGGGUCACCUACGUGGAUAUCACCGUGGGCAGUUUCGUCUGCACCACCUGCUCCGGCCUCCUGAGAGGCCUGAACCCCCCUCAUCGAGUCAAGUCCAUCUCCAUGACAACUUUCACUGAGGCUGAAGUAGUAUUCCUGCAAUCCCGAGGAAACGAGGUUUGCAGGAAGAUUUGGCUGGGUCUUUUUGAUGCUCGGACAUCUUUAAUACCAGAUUCCAGAGAUCCUCAGAAAGUGAAGGAGUUUCUCCAGGAAAAAUAUGAGAAGAAGAGAUGGUAUGUCCCUCCGGAUCAGGUCAAGGGGCCCACUUAUACCAAAGGCAGUGCCUCCACCCCUAUCCAGGGCUCCAUCCCAGAAGGGAAGCCUGUGCCAUCUCUCUCAGUUGCUGCCUCCACCUCUAGCCAGUCUGUCAGUCAGUCUCAGGCUCGGGUGUCUCAGCCCCGGAGUGCUCAGCCACCUCCUCACUCCUCGGUCAAGAAAGCCAGUACUGACCUGCUGGCUGACAUCGGUGGAGACCCUUUUGCUGCUCCCCAGGCAGUAUCAUCAUUUGCUGCAUUCCCAGCCUUUGGGGGCCAGACACCUUCCCAUGGGGGCUUUGCCAACUUCGAUGCCUUUGGCAGUAGCCCCAGCUCUUCUGCAUUUGGAAGCAUUCCUCUAGCUGGCCAAGCCCCAUUUCAGGCCCAGACAACAGCCACAGGGAGCAGCCAGGUGACUCCAUUUGGUGCCUCUCCUCUUGCACCUGCCAGUCAGCCCAACAGCCUCACAGAUAUGGGUAGCCUCCUGGGACCUGGGACAUCAGCUGGAGGUAUCCCUAGCAGCAUCUUUGGGAUGACCAGUCAGGUCCCCAUGCUCCAGUCGGCCACAACUGGUGGAGGUGGCAGCACAGGGCUUACAUUUGGAGCCUUCACCAACCCUUUCACAGCACCUGCUGCUCACCCUCAGCUGCCUUCCACAAACCCAUUCCAGCCCAAUGGGUUGGCCACAGGACCUGGCUUUGGGAUGAGCAGCACUGGGUCUGGCUUCCCCCAGACAGUGCCACCCACCGGGGCCUUUUCCAGCACCUUUCCACCACCAAUGUUCUCCCUGCAGACCCCGAUGACUCAGCAGCAGAAUGGAUCUUCCUUCGGUGACUUAGGAUCAACUAAGCUUGGACAGAGGCCACUGAGCCAACCAGCGGGCAUCUCCACCAACCCCUUCAUGACUGGAUCCUCACCAAGCCCAUUUGCCUCCAAACCUCCAACCACCAACCCAUUCUUGUAGCACUGUGCCCUGGGGAGGGGGGCUAUUCCCUGCUCUCUGGGGUCCUUCUACUCCCUGGAGCUCUGGUGACCACUUGCCUGUGGCAUUUCUGUGCGUCUGAGCCCAGAGUGGGCCUUGCUGUGCAGGGUAGGGUCUUGGAGAUGGUGGAGGUGCUAAUGCUUUGCUUGGAGCUUGCAUAUAAAAGGGCAGCUUCCUUCUUCCUUCCAGCCUCCACACAAGCAGGAGGCCCAGGAGAGAAGGCAGGGCCUGGCCUAGAGGAGCAAUGGUGUUUUAUUUCUCAAAUUAUUAAUUACGAUGGCAGUAAUCCUCCUCCUCUCCUGCCCUCAGCAUACACAGUACUCCCUUCAUUCCCAACCCCAUGGGCAGAGGAAGCUAUGGGCACAGGCUGACCAGUGUUCCCCUGGGGAAACUCUUCCUCAUGCCCAACUUUCCAACACUGUUCUCGUGGACAGAAGCACAGUGGGAGGAGUAUGGUAAAGGUGGGGAUGAGGUGUGGUGUUGACGUGGGAUAGUGAUUAGACAGGCUGAGAAGGCCCCGGGGGACCAGAGUGCCCUUGGUGCCCUGGCUUGGGCCAGCACACCUUUUUUUCCACAUUUUUGCUUCCCCAGCUCCCUCCCUCAUCCUGGGCACUCAGAAUGACUAGUUUUACCUACAUACUUAGACAUGUCCAACUCCUGUUAAGCACUUUAGUUAGUUGUGGUGUCAUGUUUGGAUACCAGUGUUUUAUAUUUAUACAUAGAGAGAAUUUUCUAAUAUAGCUAUUAUACACACACACACAUACACACAGUCUUUCUCCCUCUCCAAGACAGUUCUUUUACAUGGGGAAUGGGAUGAAUCCCAUCUGUGCCUCGACCAGCAAAGCCAGAGCUCCAGAGGGUGGGGGCGAGGGCAGCCACAUGUUCUGACCACCCCUGAGACUGGACAUUUCCAGGGAAAGGCUUUGUGGCUACUUUUUUCCUUUCUUUUUUUCAUGUACCUCCCCGGCUCCCAAAUCUCUGCACCAAAGCUGUUAUAGGCAAUGUUGGAAAAGAACUACAUUUGAAAGAAAAAAAAAA